AUGGAGCCAGACUCUAGCCAGGAGGAGCACAGAUUGAGCAUGAUGGAACUGAACUCAGAGAACAGGAGAGCCCACAACGAAUUUGCUACAGCUGAGAUGUCAGAUGUUGACAAGGGCUGCUUUACUACAGGGCCGCUUCGCUAUGCAGUUGACACGGCAUGGGACCCCAGGACAAGAAUACUAGGAGAAUCAUUGCAGGAUCCUGCAAUCGCCCAGAAGUUUGAGAGUGUCGCUGAAGACUCGUUUUUCAAAAAAUCGUUCGGGGGGCGCGUCGAAUCGAUCAUCAAGGCCUUGGCCCGCGCAGACCUUGUCAAGGAAGACUUUCCUUUGACCUGCCCCUUCUCUGUACUUGCACACGUCAUCAAGAAAGAUCUCCUGGACCCAGCAACGAGACUCGAGUCUCUCCCACUGUUCCUUGGCGUCGGUUCUGGCGGGCAGUGCGUGACUGUCUGGCCAAGAACAGCUCUCUGCUUCCAGCUCUUCCUCGCCCGCACUCGCAUCAGUAGCUGGAAACCAAUUGUCAAGAAAGAACAACAGCUCAGGGGGAUCGGCGCCACUUUCUCGACUCUCAAAUCCCUGCCCGCCUUCUCCGCCACCUCUCCGAACGCCUGUGCCACCAUCAGAAUCGUCUAUGGUGUCAUUGCCAGUCAUGUGGUCUGUACCGCGCUCGCAGCCGCCUACAUUGUCGAUUUCACAAUGGCCCCCUCUGCCGUCCAUGGAGAACCAGAUCACACCAUUUCAGUCAUCCGGCGCACGGCCCUCCAGCUUUAUGUCGUCUUCGUCGAGUGCACAGCGUCUGGCGCCGAUGCCUCGACAUCAUCCUCACAAGAUCCUCCGUUCGCCAUCUUUCGCCAGAUCAAGAGACGCAUCAAAUACGCCCCACGAGACUCAAGGGACCAUUUGACCGAGACCAUCCUGAAGACCUGCUUCACAGCAGCAUGGGAUGACCUCUUCGACGAUGUCUUCACCAUAGAGAAGAAGACCAAGGUGCUCGGUGAGCUGUCUGCAAAACCCUCCCUUCCUCAGGGCCUCGUUGACAGAGCGACCGAAAUUGUCAAGACAUCAAACCCCAAUACCUCAAACUUUCACAAGCAUAACCUGACAACAACGCUCAAAACUCCAUAUCGACAAGAGACGUAUCAGGAGAGACUCUCUCUCAAGUUUAACGACGCCUGGGACUCCGCAACCAAUAUACACAUUCCCCGCUCUUCCACCACCACCACCACCGCCACCACCAACAUCACCAACACCAACUUGGAUAGUACCGCUAAUGACUCAGGACCUGGAUCUUCGCUUAUCGGUGAGCAAGGCUGUCUAACCACAGAGGACGAGGAGGAGCUGCCAGAGGAAGACGAGGAGGAGAUCGCAGAUCUGUUGGAGCGAGAAGAAAAAGUCAGGUCUACCGAGAGACUAAAGACUGUAACGGUCUCGUUGAAGGAUAUUAUUCGAAAGGAGUUGGUGACUUCCAAAGUGGAUCAUGACACCGACAAGCCAGGGCUGAAGGUCUCGGCGGCGGACAAGUUGGUCGACAUUUUACUGGAGAAACAAGACACUCUCACAAACGCGACCGACGAGCUCGCGUGCAUUGCAAGGAAGACGUCACUACUAAAUGCAUUCACGAUGCCUGGAUCGAGUCGAGAAACUAGUUCGAGUCGUGCCCCCCAACAGUAUCCCCCAGUAUACGACAUCCGGACCGACCUCAUCCCUUCUUCCUUUAUUGCUCGCAACGAUACCCCAUCGUCUCUUACCCUCGCCCCCCUCCCGACACAUCUAGAGGAGUACAUCAACACCACCCCCAGCGGAACCGACCGACAAUGGACGUCCGAUCUACAACACUUGUUCUCGUACCAGCACCUCGGAUUCCUGUACAGCAAGUUCUUCAGCCCGCAAGGAAUCAACACAGACUCCGAGACGAAACACCCAUUGUGGAGCCAAUUGGCUGCGCACAUUCAGGCCCCUCCACUUGAGGCACUCAAGGCUACUUGGAGACCAGGGGAUGAACAUCCAAUGGCAGGCCUGUCAACGGUGUUUUGCGACUACAGGAUCGAACUAUCAACAAACAUUAAGAAUAUUUGGGACGGACCUCUGUAUGCGAAAGCGUUGGAUUUCUUACUGAGAUUCACCUUGAGAUUCCAACUGGCUCCUAACCGUGAGCUGAAGUAUUAUACAAAGGUGAAGGAUUUGGCCUCCAGGAAGAUGCAACAAAAACAGAGCGACAGGACACGAUCAAUCAGCUACAAGGCAUGGAAGGAUAAGACAGAGAGUCUGCAGGAUGAGUUGGGUCAGCUUGUUGCUAAGGGUGGUAUUGGACAAGGUGGCGCUCGCGAGGCAAGACUUGGUGGUGUCGAUCCGGUCAUGGAAGCGAGAAUGAUGUUGGAGGUCAUGGAAGAUGCACUGGAUGAGGUUGAUGAGGAGGCAGAAACUGAAGAGAACCAAGUUCAGGAGAACCAGGCCCAAAAGGACGUAUCAGACACUCCUCAAGCCAAGGAACCAUCUAGGUCUCAUCUAAAGUCUAUCCAGGCCAUCACCAAGAUCCUAUUGGAGUCGCCAAACCUCGACGUAUCACAACUGAAUGCGUCCUGGGUCCGGCGCACUGCCUACAAGCCUGAGGAUAUAACAGAUGACCAGUGUUACAAAGUCGUCAGGCUCGUCAAGGCUCUCCAUCCGUACACCCCAAAACGAGUUCCAAAGAGCUCUGGAGGGGGAACUUCGCCUCCGACCGCCAACGCCGCCGCCAUGAUCCGCAUUGUAUUGUUGUCCAACCAUGUACUCAGAUAUACAGGGUACACCGAGUUUACCAGGAGAUUCGCACCGGCACCGUCAGUCGCAUCAUUACAUCCUGUACCACUUGGAGCGGCCGGCAUUUAUGAUACUCUUUGUUGGAAGGCGGCAAACAAUUUCGACAUCUACGACCUAGACAGGCAGCCUAUCUCAUCCAUCGUAACCGCAACAAAACACAAGGACGCCGUCUUCUCUAACUUUUUCGACCUCGAUGCCAUCAACGCGAUGUGCCAAAAGUACAAACUUCGCUUCAGACAACGUCUGACAUUUGUGAAUCGCUAUACCAUUCGAAUUCUUGGUGAAGUGAUCCCUGAGGGAGUGGACCGCGGUGAUGGGGCUCCCGUCGUCAGUGUGUGGGACGAGUCCAGAAAGGAUAAGACGCAGAAACGUACAGGCAUUGAUUGGUCAAGAGAAGGUGCUCGAACAGGAAUAACACAACAAAUGGCCCAGGAGCGGCUGGUGACGAUGAACAACGAGAUCAAGGACGUUGAAACGGACCAAAAAGCCAAGCGGGACGCAUGGGUUGCAGCGGACAAAGAUCGACAUGAAGCAGCAGUGUACCAACGCCAGAUUAAACAGCUCUCCUCUCAGCAUCCAGGAUCGACAACGAAGGCGAACGACUCAAAGGCACGAAGACCGGAUCAGGAACAAGAUGCGUAUCGGGAACUUCAGGCGGCGCAGAUGAUCUCCGACGCUGCGUUUUUGGAUUGGAUGCAGAAGGACGAUGAGCUUCGGUCAAUGAAGGCUACCCGAUACGCGCUACAAAGGAUUCAGAAGACACGACCCAACUACGACCCCCCCUCGAACAAGGAGCCGCUCAGGGCAGACCCUACAUGGACGAGGCCCGCCGUCGAGGCCAAGACGGAGAAUCUUCACAUCGACUGCCUCCUUGGUGCAGUAUUGGCUGAUCCCUCCAAGGCCAUCGGAUUCGACGGUGAUGAUCCAGGACUUUGCAAACUCGAUACCUCGGCUACAACAACGCUGACAGGAGUUACCCAAUCAGUCAGGCAAUACUCGGUUCUCACAGGAAAUCCAUUCGCCUUACUCGCGGAGGUAGACAUGUUGGAGGAGAAGAAGUCCAAGGAAGAACAGGCGCAGGCCACGAUCCAUCAACAAUGCAUCGACACUCACAGACAUCGACACGCCCAGAAUGCCCGUCGCUCAUCUCGAAAGUCCUGUCGUGAAUUCGAGAACUCUUCCUGGAGGAUCAAAGAUCAGGCUACUCAGGAGAUUCAGACCAAAAGAGUGUACGCCACACUCGCAUCUGAUCAGCGCGACAAAGUCAAGGAAGUCGUCUUACAAGAGUCAAGGACAGCAGCACUCGACCUUCAGUUCCAAGGAUCCGAAAAGUCCGAGGCCGGUAAUACCUCUUCGUCCACCAGCGCCCAACCAAGCGAUACCAAGGCUGCGGCUGUCGAGUUUGGCCAUACCGAAUGCAAGGAAGUCACCAUUUCUCAAACCCGACAUUUAAUCAGUCGGAAUGAGGACACCGCCUCCGUCAAGGGCAAGGUCGUUGUAACAGAGGAGUCCAAGGACACAGAGUCGCAGGAUCGCGGCGGAAGCAAGCGAAACAAAGGUCUGGUUACCGAAAAGAAAAACAUCAUCCCAAUUGUGCUGCAUGGCGCUGCAGGAACGGCUGUCGGGUCCAGAAUCAAGGGCCAUGCCAAACGAGGAGGGAGCAAGCUCACCCAGCAACACCGCCAAUAUGGUCCUGUGGGUCACACCAAUGAGAACCGGACUAGUCGCUGGAUUGUCGCAACCCACGAUGUCCACGACGACAAGUAG